AUGACAGGCAUGGCCAUAUUCACAGUCUUUUGGGAUGGAGUAGUGAUAAUACAUUUCCUGGCAAAAGACAACGCCCCUGUUCACAACUAUCACACUGGCCAGAUGGAAAUGCGGACCUGUGGCCACGACAUCCUUCCACAUCCUCCUUAUUCUCUUGACCUUGCACCAUCUGACUUUCACAUCUCUCCAUCCAUGGAGUCAUUUUUGAAGAGCAAACGUGUCAAAGAUGAUACUGCAAUGAUUUCGGGUCACUUCCUGGCUUCACAUGCAAUCUGGGGACUUCUACAAGCGAGUAGUCUACAGCUGCACAAAACGACAGGGAAGUGUGUCAGUCUUGGUGGGACCUAUGUAGAGAAAGACAAAUAA